UACGAUAAAAUUUAAAAAGAGGAUGUUGUGGUCAUUAAAUUCAUUCUUGACAUUUAAUAUCAACAGACAUUCUAUAAUAGUUUAUAAUGGCGAAUUUAAGUACUAUACUUGUUUUAUUUUUGUGUUUAUAUCUUAGCAUAGUAAUGAAAUGUGAUUCCCUCAAAAAUCAAUGUCCAUUAUUUCGGGUUGAAAACGGUCGAGUAAGACUGAUUGGUCGUACAGCAAGAAUUAUUUGUGAUUCGGAUUCUAAGCUCGUUCGAGGACGUAAUAGAAUGACCUGUGUCAGAAAUCAAUGGAAUUAUAGUGAACUUCCAGUAUGUGCUAAAAUAAAGGAGACCUAUCUUGCAUGUGAUUUUGAAUCGUCAGACAAUAGAUUUUGUGGUUGGCAAAAUGAUUUUUUAAAUGAUGUUGAUUGGCUUGCUGAUAAAGCUCGAUCUUUAUUAUAUUUUAUUGGACGUCAUGUUUCACCUGGUUCUUCACAGUACUUUUCAGGCAAUUAUAUAUCAUUGGAUACUAGAACUUAUGGGAUUGGUGUCACUGGCCGAUUAUUAUCUCCAUCAAUUCAACCAGUUAAUGAUAGUCAGAUAUGUUUAAUGUUUUCAUAUGUAGUAAGAUCAAGAAAAUCACUAUUGGAGGACACCAUUGAACGUCCUACUUUAUCAGUGACUUUUGGUGGUGUACCUCUCUGGGUAACUUCCGUAGGAGAAGGAAGAGUUAUAAUUGGACUAUUUAAAUUAAAUAUUUCGUCAACAAUUGUAAUUGAAGGGAAACAAUGUGAAGCAGCCAUUGAUAAUUUAGUAGUUACAGAAGGCCAAAGAUGUACAGCACAACCGUAUGAAGAAGAGGAUAAUUCUUGUCAAGAUAACUGUGGAAUAAAAAAAACUACUAGAAGUUGUUCAUGUGAUUGGGAAUGUUUUGAAAAUGAGAAUUGUUGCCUUGAUAUAGAAAAAACAUGUCCAUAUAUAAAACCACUUGAAGACAUCGCUAGAUUAUAUUUUACAGCAAAUUCUACUACUACUACUACUACUACUACUACUACUACUACUACUAUUAUACCUCCUCUUACUACUAAUUCCAGUACUAUUACUACUUCUACUACUACAAUUACUCCUCUUCAUCCUAAUACUACUACUACUACUACAAUUACUCCUCUUUAUCCUAAUACUACUACUGCUACUACUAUUACCAUUAUUACUCCUACCAUGACUCUUAUUCCUCCUACUACUAUUAUGACUCCUCCUAUUAAUACUACUAUUACUAAAACUUCUACUACUUCAACAACAACACAAAAAAAACUUACUCCCAUAGAAUAUGACUUAACUAAUUCUAAUACAAGCUCUUCUUCAAAAAUUAUUCAUGAUUUUACAACUUUAAAUAAUUCAAAUAUAGGGACAACUCAACAAAAUUUAAACAAAAAUACAAGUUAUGCAAUAUCUUUACCACCAAAACUCAAAACCUUUUUCAAUAUAACAUUUACUAAACUUCCACUAUCAUCAGCAAUGACUACCACUAUAAAACCAAUACCCUCAAUAAUUUCUUUAAACACAUUAGCAACCAAAGUUCCCUUUAUCUCAACAAAAAUAAGUAAUAUUUCUAAAUCUUCAACGGAUACAUCUAAUGUUGCUUCAAUAUUAAUCAAUAAAUCAAAAGUGACAACUAAAUCUGUAAUAGAAAAAAAUAAUUUUACGGUUGAAACAUUUAAUGGUCCUACUACAUCAAUCAAACCAUUAACAAUAAGUACUAUUUCUACCAUAAAGUUAAUUGAUUUAAUAAAAAUUACCACGAAUUCUGUAACACAAAAGACCGUUUCGACUCAGAAAUCACCUCUAGUAAUUAAUGUCACUUCUUCAACAAAAUUAAUUAAUUAUUUUACAAGUGUAACAAAUAUAACAGAUAAAUCCAAUAUACCAACCGCUUUUGAUCAACCAAGUACCUCAUCGAACACUAUAAUAUCAUCUAAUAUACAUGACAUAAAAAAUAUUCAUGAAAUUAAUAAAAAUAACCCAGAUAACUCAACCAAACUUGUACUAAAUAUUGCUUAUACAUCCACAGUUGCCCCAAAAACAAUUGCUGUUAACAAUAGUAAAUAUCUUUUAAGUUCAAACUCAAUUAAUCUAAAAUAUAAAAAUAUUUUAACGCAUAGUACAUUGCCUAUAAACAGUCAUUAUCUCCCAAUUAUUACAACUGAAAAUACUAAUACAAACUUGAAAUUCGAUAAAAUAAUUAAAAAAACAGAAUUAAAUUAUAAUCUUUAUGACGAACAAAAGAAACAUGCAGAUGAUCGACUAGAAAAUCCCGGAAAUCAAAGUGAUGCAGCAGAAUAUUCGAACAAGCUUAACAAUUUAUUUACUAUUAGUACCUACUUUAUUGCAACAGUAGUAAUAUUAAUAUCUUUUAAGUACACGCUGUCUUUUAUAUAUUCGUACUAUAAAAAAUCUACUCAAACAGAAAUUAAUUCCUAUUUUAUCAAAAAUGAAAAUGACAGUUUGUGUCAUAUGGAACUGAUAUCAAAUUCUGUAGACUGAAUUAUAUUUAGAAGUUUGUCAAUUCAUAUGGUUACGUUAUUAUUAUAAUUAUAUCUUACUUGUAUACUAUAAUUUUUUUCAUUUGGGUACUAUUUAUAUUUUAAACCUGUAUGUUUGUACUACAAUCAGUAAAUUUAAUAUUAUUAUGACUCAUGUUUAGAACCGCAAUAAGGCAUAAAAAGAAUGAAUUAUGGUAUGUUCACCUGGACAUAAAAAAAUACAUUCUUUGUACAUUUCAAACGCCAUUUUGAGUAAUUAAUUAUUAAUAAAUUAUUAAGUAACUAAAUAUUUUAUUUACUAAAGUAACAGUAGGUAGUUUAAGGUUAUUGAAGAGAAAUUUUGUACACAUAUACUAAUGUACAAGU